CUACUAUGUACAUACUCGGCUAUUUAACUGUUGUGUGCAUCCGUAUUGCUUCCACUCAACUACAAGUCAAACGAUUAUUUACAUGUUGAUGUGAUAUUGCAGUUGUUCCUUCAGAUCGUAUAGAUACUUGCUACUGAUUUCUGAUGAUGUUGAUCACAUCCUCCAUACCUGCACAACAGGCGCAGGCGCUCACAGAGCCACGUGGAGCACAAUGUCUUGACCAGACGGCUGCUGCCGCAGAAGUGCUACUCACAGAGCGCGAAGCCCACAAGCCUGAUUCACCGAGUACAGAUUCGCCGACCUGUUUCAGUAUCACCACUGAGCGUGAUGUUUAUUACGGAAAUGACCUGGUAAACGGAGAAGUGAAUUUCAAAUCGCUUACCGAGGUUGUAAUUCCGAGAGUUUGUGUGGCCGUGAUGUGCCGCUACGUGUGCAAGAAUCGAACCUCACUACAGUACAAGAAAGCCCAUACGAUCUUCAGGUCGAUGAAGGUGAUCGGACGUGACUAUGUUGUUCCCGUGGGACAAUCAUCCAUCCCUUUUAGUUUCAUACUCCCAACGGACAUGCCCGCCUCCAUGCAGCAUGUGUUCUGCACUGUGCGUUGGGAUUUACGCCUAUUUCGUUAUGAUACCAAUACUAAUUUAGCACUCACGAGGAAGGCCUUCCUUAUGUCGUCACUAUAUUAUCCCUUGCCCGGUCUUACCCCCACUGUGCAAAUGGAAAGACCCGCUCUACUGCGCAAAGGUACGGCUGUGCGCAUGGAAGCGUCGCUGACAAAAGACAUAUUCACAGCCGGCGCACCCAUCGAUGUACACAUUGCAUUCCAUUUGUUGAAGAGAAGUGUGAAGGUACGGAAAGUUGUGGCGUCUGUCAUACAACGAGUGGAGCAUCACGAGGCUGACCAGGUGCUCAGCUGGUCCACAACUGUGCUGGACAGGAGCACACUCAACUCGUCUAGUCUGAACAGAAAGCUUAACAACACCACUGAAAAGGGCACGGCAUUGGACCACACUUUCGCCCUUCGGCCAUAUGUACAAGAAGACAUGGGGAAUGCGGUUGCCCUACAGAAUACGGCUGGUGAUGCCGGCGCGUUAGUUCCUACUACUCAUACUCGGUGCCACAACUCAAUUGUUUGGAUAUUAGUGACAUACAUGGUGGACAUCAAAGCGACACUUUUCGGUGCACCAGAUAUAGAGAUGUCUCUCCCGCUCGUCAUAGAAGGCUGUACUGCAAUAGUUAGUGACAACUUAGACGCAACAGCUCUGAACAAUUGCAAAACAUUCCCCACAGUAGGGGAAGACCCCCCGGAAUACGCAGACUACAAAAUGCAGUCAACACGCUCUUACACGAGCUUGAGGCGCAAUUCCAUAGACACUGUGUUCGCAAAGCCAGAGGAUGUACCCUUGCCUACGGCAGUCAAAGAGACUAAUAGUAAAAUCAUUCGGCGCGCAACACUCCCGGGUAUGCUCACACGGCCCAAGAGCACCACGACUUUGGCACGGCCACAGGGUCACUCUAUCAAAGAGCACGUGGAGAGCGACGUCUCUGAAGAGGCGGCUUGUGUGACAAACGGAGGGUUCGAAGAAAAUCAACAGGAAGUGGAAGACAACGUGGCGAUGGUGAGGAUUCGCAACGUGCGCUCUCUGUUGUCUGGUAAGCUGUUUGGCGGUCGCAGUAGGAGUAUGAGUGUGGAUGAAACAAGGCGUUCCCAGAAUCGAGAACGACAAGACAGUCUGUUAGCACAGGGUCCGCCUUCAUUCUUAGAAGCAUUGCAGUUCAUAUGAACAUAUCUAAGUCAACGGGCACUCGUCAGGCCACGCAGGGUGUGUAGACGAACAUAUUGACCUUUUCAGGUCCUUAUGCAUGAACUUAUCUGCAAGUAGUGAAAGAUUCCAUUCGGUUAGAAGGUAUGGAUAGAACCACGCAAAGGAUCACUUCCGGUAUGCUACAGGCCUACGCAAAGAUUUUAUUGUGAUCAUGCAGAUAAGCCUACUGGAGAGUAUAGGUUUGCGAAGCAGUUGCGCAUUCUUGCAGUUCUAGGGUUCCUCAAAUACGUCACAUACAAUAACAAAGCCUUCUCCCCGGUUGAAUAUACGCACUAUUGUAGUUCAGAGCUUUCCGUAUACGACUCACAGGUCUCCAUUGAAUUUCAGUCUACAACUUGUAGUAUUAGCGUAAUUUAAUGCACCGAAAUGAAGACAGGAGAGGAUACAAAAGUACAAAUUCUCGCCGGUGGUUGCUCAUGCGAUAGCCUUUAGCGAGCUGGCAGUGUAUGCUGCCAAACAAUACACUGCAUAGCUACUGCUUGCGUGCUUGGGUGCGAAAUCAAAAAGAUUAAAGUUCGUCACCUUAAAAUUGCAUUUGAAUAUCAAGGUGUUGACUCUUGAUA